AGAGUUUUCCUGAUGUAUAUAUGCAGGUAGAGAGAUUUGAAACGGCCCUCUCAGCCAGUAAUACAAUAAAACUCUGAUUUGCAGAGCGGUAGUUCUCAUUUUUCUACUUUCUUGUGGGAAUGACUUGCCGACCUUUUACUUCUGCUGAUACCUUUAUACCUCUGAAUUCAGAGUCUUCUGCAACUCUGCCUCUGAUCAUGCAUCACAGCGCCUCUGAGUGCCUACCAGUCUCCAACCAUGCCACCAAUGUGAUGUCUGCAGCAACAGGACUUCAUUAUUCUGUUCCUUCCUGUCAUUAUGGAAAUCAGUCGACAACCUAUGGAGUGAUGGCAGGAAGCUUAACCCCAUGCCUCUAUAAGUUUCCUGACCACACUUUGAGUCAUGGCUUUCCUCCCAUGCACCAGCCUCUCCUGGCAGAGGACCCCACAGCCCCUGAUUUUAAGCAGGAACUCAGGCGGAAAAGCAAAUUGGCUGAAGAACCAAUAGACAUGGAUUCUCCAGAAAUACGAGAACUUGAAAAGUUUGCCAAUGAAUUCAAAGUGAGAAGAAUUAAGUUAGGUUACACCCAAACCAAUGUUGGUGAAGCCCUGGCAGCUGUGCAUGGCUCUGAAUUCAGUCAAACAACUAUCUGCAGAUUUGAGAACCUACAGCUCAGCUUUAAAAAUGCAUGCAAACUAAAAGCAAUAUUAUCCAAGUGGCUGGAGGAAGCUGAGCAAGUGGGAGCUUUAUACAGUGAAAAAGUGGGAGCAAAUGAAAGGAAGAGGAAGCGGAGAACAACUAUAAGUAUUGCCGCUAAAGAUGCACUGGAGAGACACUUUGGAGAACAGAAUAAACCUUCCUCUCAGGAGAUCAUUCGGAUGGCAGAAGAACUGAAUCUUGAGAAAGAAGUAGUCAGAGUCUGGUUUUGCAACCGAAGGCAGAGAGAGAAACGGGUGAAGACCAGUCUGAAUCAGAGUUUAUUUACUAUUUCUAAGGAGCAUCUUGAAUGCAGAUAAAAUAUCCUGAAAGCCAGUUUUCCUUUUUCUUCAACAAAAGUAGACAUUUGCUACUUGACUUUUAGUAAAUUUUGCAGAAUCUUUUCUAUCUUUUUUUUUUUUUUUUAAGGCACACCAUUUAAACUCUAUUUAAGAAUCACUGUCUUUUAAUGUCCGAAUUCAGACUAUACAUUUAAACUAAGGGGUAAAAUGAUAAUCACUCAACUUCCCUCCCCUCUUCUUGGUCGCUGGAACCAUAACAUACAGUGCACAGGAGUACACACAAGUAUAUUUUACUUUAAGAGUUCCUUUUCUGAAGGGUUUUUGUCAGCUUUUUUUUUUUUUUUUUAGUAUCUCUAUCAGUAAAAUUUAGUAAUUAGUGUCCUGCACACCAUUAGCUGAAGUUUACUUAAACUGAAAGUUUAGAAUUUAAGAACCAGAAGUGCCUGAGAAUUUUAUUAUUUCAUUUAGGAGUAGAUCUAAUUCAGAAGUGACAUCUUUGAAAUUAAUAUUUAGGGCUCAGCACCCCUUCCCCCCAAAAAAGUAUUUUAAAAGAGUUGUAGAAACUUUGACCUUUUUAUUAUUCCUAGAGAAUUUUUUUUUUUGAUGUUUAGCUAUAGAAAGCAUGCUUUAGGAAUUCUUGAGCCCUGACCUGCUCAAGGAUAAUAAAGAAUAUAAAUUGCAAUAAUGCAGGGGAUGCAUCUAAUGUUUGUGAUUGUUUCUUUAGUGUCUGGGAAAAGUCACAAGUAAAAGAGAUUUAUUUUCGGCUCAGUUGACUAAAAUGACUUGCCAUUAAUAAUAAAAAUUUUAGUAUGUUGAAGUAUCUAAUCUGAAUUGUAUCUCAAGGAUCAUGUUUAUUUAAUUUAUAGUAAUUAUUUAUCUGGAAUAUAUAAAAUAAAUUAUAAUGUUGUAUCAAUCUAAAAUAGUGAAUUUUUAUACUGAGUUUAAACUUGCUAACAAUAUAUGUCUCACUUAUUUCCUAUAACAUAAAUGAAUAUAAUUAGAGUACAUCUUAUUGUUGACUUGAAAUGUUUACUAAAUAAAUCAUACUGUCUCACCUCUUA